AAGUACUAAUAUCUAAUAAUAUGUACUAGUGUCUAAUGAAUAUGUACUAGUAUCUUUUUAAAAAGUACAUGUAGCCUACCUAAAGAAUAAUCACUAGCUAAUAAAUAAGUACUCGAUAGGAUAGAUACUGGUACGAAAAAUAAUUGUUAGGGAUUAAUGUUAAAUUGGCUUGCCAUAGCUUUUUUUUUUUUUUUUUUUUUUUAAAUUGCUUUUCCACUUGGCAUUCAAUGUUGUAAUAAAAAAGCAUGUUCUAUAGCUUAAAGUUCAGAUCACUCCUGUAUAACAGCAUGAAAAUAAUUGUUGACUUUUAUUCAGUGCCCUCAGUUGUCAUCGGGGUAUAAAGGGUUUCUGCACUAAAAGGUCAAAAUUUUGCCUUUAGACAGAAUCUAGCAUUUCAGAUAUUGUGCUCACUCUAUCAUUAGUAGUUUUUAUUUAUUUUAUUUUUUUUCAGCUGAUAAGUAUUUGUUUUUAAAUACGUAAUUCAAUAAUUCACUUUACAUUUCCGCUACGAAUGUCUUUGACAUAUUAUUUGUAUGUAGUCUUUAUGUAUGUACAUUCCUUUACGCUUUCUGCGUUUUUAGGCAGUAUUUGUGGACGGGACUUUUAUUUUGGUCGGGUGUUCUGACAUCACAAGGCUGGACCGUUCUUCUCUGGCUCAACAAAGGAACAAGAACGUUUUCAAGAUGGCAUUUAUAAAAGAGGAGACUGAAGAUAUAUGUAUUUCAGAACAAUUCAGUCUGAAAAAUGAAGAUGCUGAAGAUCAUACAGACCUGGUGGUAAUGAAAGUGGAGAGUCAAGAACUGAAUGAAAUGGAGGAGGAAGAUCAUCAUGGAGAAACACUUUGCUCACAGACUGAACAGGCGCCCUCACAAAAAAGAGCUCGGAAGACGGGUUCUAAAAAGUGUUACAUCUGCCCUCAGUGUGGCAGGAAUUUCACUUAUGAAAAAAGCCUUAAAAAACAUGAGGCAAAUCACACUGGACAGUGCCCUUUCACCUGCCAACAGUGUGGGAACAUUUUCACUACAAAAGGAAGCCUUAAAAACCACAUGAGAGUUCACACUGGAGAGAAGCCUUACACAUGUGAUCAAUGUGGAAAGAGUUACACACGAAGCAAGACCUUAAGGGAUCACAUGAGGAUUCACACUGGAGAAAGGCCUUUCACAUGUAAUCAGUGUGGAAAAAGUUACAUACGAAGCAAGACCUUAAGGGAUCACAUGAGGAUUCACACUGGAGAAAGGCCUUACACAUGCAAUCAGUGUGGAAAGAGUUUCAUACAUAAAGUAACCCUUAAUUUACACAUGAGAAUUCACUCAAGAGAGAACCAUUUCAUAUGCCAUCAGUGUGGAAAGAGUUUCAAAGACAUAACACGCCUUAACAGGCAUGUAAUAAUUCACUCUGGAGAGAAGCCCUUCAAAUGCCACCAAUGUGGAAAGGGGUUUCAAAUAAGUAACAACCUUAAGGCACACAUGAGAUGUCAUACUGAAGAGAAGCCUUUCAAGUGCCAUCAAUGUGGAAAGUGUUUAAAACAUGAAACAUCCCUUAACUACCACAUGAGACUUCACACUGGAGAGAGGCCUUUCACCUGCCCUCAGUGUGGAAAGAGUUUCAUUCUUGAAGGACAACUUAGUCGUCACAUGAGAUAUAUCCAUACCGAUGAGAAGCCUUUCGUGUGCCAUUACUGUGGAAGGAUUUGUGAAAGCAAAUCAAACCUGAAGAUUCACAUACAAAUUCACACUGGAGAAAAGCCUUUCUCCUGCCCUCAGUGUGGAAAGAGUUUCAUACAUAAAGGACUCCUUAAUUAUCACAUGAAACUUCACACUGGAGAAAAGCCUUUCAGUUGCCAUCUGUGUGGUAUGGGUUUCAGAUAUAAGGGACUUCUUAAUGGUCACAUGAGAAGUGUGCACACCAAUGAGAAGCCUUUUACCUGCCAUCACUGUGGAAGGAUUUGCGAAAGCAAAUCAAAACUUCAGAUUCACAUGCGUAUUCACACCGGAGAAAGGCCUUUCUCCUGCCCUUGUGGAAAAAGUUUCGCACUUAAAGGAAACCUUACGGCUCACAUGAGACUUCACACUGGAGACAGGCCUUACAUGUGUGUUCAGUGUGAGAAGAGUUUUGCUUAUCUAAGACAGCUUAAAAGUCAUUUGCAAACUCAUUUUGGAGAGAAAUCGCAGUGUUCUGAGUGUGGCAAGAGAUUUGCAAAGAUGAGCAAUUUCAAAAAUCAUCUGCGCAUUCACUCUGGACUAAGGCCAUUCAAUUGUAAUCAGUGUAAUAAAACAUUUAUUUUGCCUUCACACUUAGAGAUACACCUGAAAAUUCAUGCAGACAAAAGACCCUAUGUGUGCUGUCUGUGUAGAAAGAGUUUUAAAUGGCUCUGUAAUUUUAGAUCGCAUCGGAGAUUUCAUGUCCGUGGGAAACCUAAUUCCAGAGCAAGCUACUUGAAACGAAAGAAACAAAUCCAUACUGGAGAAAAACCUGACAUCGUAACAAGUGACUUUUGUGGGGGUCAUGUAAUGGCGCCUUAAUUGUG